AUGAUCAUCCCCCGCAUCGACAUCGCGGCUGACUCCUACAAGGACGACCUCACCGCAUUCAGCCCCCUCCCCAACCAGGUUCUCGUCGUCCCCACCCCCGACAACGACCGCCUCACCGACAUCCUCAAGAACCAGCACAAGGACGCCUACUGGAUCCAACCUCUCGCCUUUGACCCCCAGGACCCCCUCGCUCAAAUCCACACCCUCCUCGACGCCGGCGCCGACAAGGUCGUCCUCCCCUACGCUGCCUUUGCCAACGCCGACCUUGAAUCGUCCUUCUCUCACAUCCCCCAGGAACGCCUUGCCGUCACCCUCACCCCCGCCGAGUUUGCUCACCUCGACCGUCUCCUCGCCACCGUCUCGGUCUUCAUCCUUGAAUUGACCGAUACUUCGGCCGAGAGUCUCGAGGCCAUCAAGGCUGCUGCUCAAUUGGCCCUGAAGGAUCUCUUGCCCCGCGGAGGUGUCAAGCGCGUUGUUGCCUCUUUCGCAUCAUCGACCGCAACCCCUGGAUUGCUUGCCAUCUCUGAACUCGGUCGUCUCGGUGUCGAUACUCAGUUGUCGACCAACAUUCUCUCGACCGGACACGAGGACGGCAAACUCAACUUGGGCGAGGCCUUCAUGGCCACUAUCGUCUCUGAUCGCCCUGACGGUCUCUUCCCUACUAUUGUUGUUGACGAGCAGGGAAUCUCUCUCGGCUUGGUCUACUCUUCGCUUGAGAGUGUUGUGGAGUCGUUCAGAACCGGCAAGGGAGUCUACUUUUCGAGGACUCGCGGUCUUUGGCACAAGGGUGCCUCGUCCGGAUCUACUCAGGAUUUGGUCAAGGUUCACGUUGACUGCGACAGCGAUGCUCUCCAGUUCACUGUUCACCAGCACGGCACUGGUUUCUGCCACAACAACAUUCGCGGAUGUUUUGGCCCUUCUUCUGGAUUGGCCCACCUCGACCAGACCCUGCAGAGCCGCAAGAUCUCUGCUCCCGCCGGAUCCUACACCCAGCGUCUCUUCAAGGAUAGCAACUUGGUCCAGUCCAAGAUCAUGGAGGAGGCCGAGGAGCUGUGCGAGGCCAAGACCCCCCAGGAUAUUGCCUGGGAGACUGCUGACCUGUUCUACUUUGCCCUCGUCAAGUGUGUCGCCAACGGCGUCAGCCUCCGCGAUGUUGAGCAGCAGCUCGAGAGCCGCUCCCGCAAGAUCACUCGUCGCCCUGGUCACGCCAAACCCAAGUGGGAUGUCUCUGCCAAGGAGGCUGCUGCAGCCGCCGCUGCCGCUGCUGCCGCCCCUGUUGUCCCCGCCCCUGCUAGCGAGAAUGGCAAGUCGGGUCGUAUCUCUAUGAAGUCUUACAAGAUGAACGCCCUUUCCGCCGAGCAGCAGAGCAAGCUGUUGCUUCGCCCCAUUAUCCAGUCGAACGAUAUCAUGGCCCGUGUCAAGCCCAUUGUCGAGGGUGUCCGUGAGCGUGGUGAUGCUGCUCUGAUCGAGUUCACUGCCAAGUUUGAUGGCGUUCAGUUGGAGAGCACUGUGAUUUCUGCACCAUUCUCGCCCGAGUCGAUGGUUCUGGACGAGAAGACCCGCGCUGCGAUCGAUCAGGCUUACGAAAACAUUCACAAGUUCCACGCUGCACAGUUACAGGACAAGGCCCUUGUGGUCGAGACCAUGCCCGGAGUUGUCUGCACACGGUUUGCUCGCCCCAUUGAGCGUGUUGGAUUGUAUGUUCCUGGAGGCACUGCAGUGUUGCCUUCGACGGCGUUGAUGUUGGGUAUCCCUGCUGCUGUUGCUGGAUGCAGUGAGAUUGUGAUUGCGACCCCACCCCGCAAGGACGGAAGCAUUGUUCCUGAGGUGAUGUAUGUUGCUCACAAGGUCGGCGCCUCCAAGGUUCUGAUGGCCGGUGGUGCUCAAGCUGUCGCUGCGAUGGCCUACGGAACUGAGAGCUGUCCCAAGGUCGAUAAGAUUUGCGGACCCGGAAACCAAUACGUUACUGCAGCCAAGAUGUUGACCCAGAUUGAUAGCUCAUCGUUGGUGUCGAUUGAUAUGCCUGCAGGACCUUCGGAGCUGCUGGUGAUUGCCGAUAUGACGUCGAUUCCCGCCUAUGUGGCCUCGGACUUGUUGUCGCAGGCCGAGCACGGUACAGAUUCACAGGUGGUGUUGAUCGCAGUUGGAUUGACGGCGGAGCACUUGGCAGCGAUCGAGGAUGAGGUUCACGAUCAGGCCAGCCGGUUGCCCCGUGUCGACAUUGUGCGCGAGUCAAUCCCCAAGUCGUAUAUUAUCGAUGUCGAGUCGAUGGAGGAGGCCAUGAGGUUCUCGAACGCCUAUGCGCCCGAGCACUUGAUCUUGCACUUGGAGGAAGCAGAGAAGCAUGUGGACCAGGUCAUGAAUGCUGGAAGUGUCUUUGUUGGUCACUGGUCGCCUGAGAGCUGUGGAGACUAUGCUUCGGGAACCAACCAUACCUUGCCCACCUAUGGGUAUGCCCGUAUGUACUCUGGUGUCAACACCGAUACCUUCUUGAAGCACAUUACCUCGCAGCAGUUGACCCGUGAAGGAUUGGAUGCUAUUGGUGAUACUGUCAUGCGUCUUGCUGAGAUUGAGGGAUUGGAGGCUCACCGCAACGCUGUCGGUGUUCGCAUCCGUGACAUCCGUGGUCUCUAA